AUGGACGCCCCGCACUCGGUUGUUGCUCAACUCACCGAAGAUGCUCGUAGUGAGAGCAUGGGCUCCCAGAAUUCCCAGACCGCGAAAGAGUUUAUUGAAUCCCAGCUCCAACUAGAGGCAGAUGCGCGCGAGGCUCUUCCUUAUGCCUUUGACUCUUGCACAUAUGACCUUGGACCAUUGCGACAGGUACUCUUUGCAUGUCUCACCUGCAAUCCUCCUCCUGUCAGCCCCAACGAACCCUACACUGCCGCUGCCGUCUGUUACUCGUGCUCGAUCGCUUGUCACGGCGAGCAUACCCUAGUCGAGCUCUUCAACAAGCGCAACUUCGUCUGCGACUGUGGAACCACCCGUUUACCAUCAUCUUCUUGUUGCACACUCCGUGAAGAUCCCACAACCGGCAAAAAGGGUGUGCACUCCCAAGAGGCUGCAGCAGGCAACACAUAUAACCAUAACUUUCGCAAUCAGUUCUGUGGCUGCGGCGAACAGUACGAUGCGGAUUCAGAAAAGGGGACAAUGUACCAGUGCCUAGGACUUGGCACCGUCGAGACUGGAGGCUGUGGCGAGGACUGGUGGCACCCGGAGUGUUUGAUCGGCUUGUCGCGUGGUUGGAACAAGGCUGCCCUCAAGGCCAACGGACUCGGUGGCGGUGAUGCCACCAAUGACACUUCAGCCGAGGGCGAAGAAGAUCUGCCCCCACCUGGCUUUCCCGCAGAGGAUGAUUUUGACCAUCUGAUUUGCUUCAAAUGCGUCGACUCUAACCCCUGGAUCAAACCAUAUGCGGGCACUCCUGGGUUCUUGCCGCCAGUUUUCCGAGAAGGUGGACUAAAAAAGGCCUCGAAUGGGGCUGAGCUAAAUAUGACUGAGCCAAACCCCUCCGUACCCGCCACUGAGCUCAAAGAGACUGAACACAAGGAUCAGGAGAAGAUCGAACACUCAAACAAGCGCAAGGCAGACGACGAGGGUCCGACCGAAGGAGAGCCUAUCACCAAGCGGAUUAAAGAGGAAGAAGCUCAUGUCGAGGAACAACCAUCGAAUGUCACAAAGGAAGAGGAGCCUACCAAGGAGGAAAACGAUACUCCUACAAAGCCAUCCGCCCCCAAGCACACAGAGCUCCCGAAGUCCACUCCAGUGGAAUCAUUCUCUCUUUUUGCCUUGGAUGAUUUCCAUGGGCAGCUGUGUCGCUGUGCAGAGUGCUUCCCUAAGCUUAUUCCCUACCCCCAGCUUCGCGAAGAAGAAGAUACCUAUGAGCCUCCGAUGUCCGACGACGGCCUGGCUGAUGGUACCGCAAGUGUCGGUACUGGCAGCAUCUACGACCGCGGCGAAGCAGCACUAAACAACAUGGAUCGAGUGCGCGCCAUCGAAGGUGCAAUGGCAUACAACCAUCUGCGUGACAAACUCAAGGUCUUUCUGCAACCCUUCGCUGAGAGUGGACAGGCUGUCAGCGCGGAAGAUAUCAAGGGAUACUUCGAGGCGCUACGUGGUGAUGAGCAGGGCAUCAAAGAUGCCGCUCAUCACGCUUCUACCGUGAAUGGUGACGGCAAGGAUGAUACUCACGGAGAUAAGUGA